GAGGCGCUGUUUUUAUCGCUCGUCCCCACAUCACGGGCUUGUGAACUUGUCUGAAAGAUGCACACAGUCGUACCCAUAUAACAUAUGUACAUAGCUGUCAGAAAAUACUGGGAGAACUGUGCUCUCUGUUCGCAGAGAGCCGUGGCGGAACGGAACAGUACAGAGCAUCUUUUUCACACGGACCGCAGCAGCACGAACACCAAUGCGUAACAUGUAAACAGACGCGGGAAACAGCGUGACUAUCGGUCUCAGUGAUAUAACUAAAUAAAAAAAAGUGUAUCGUGUCUAAGUAUUAGCUAUGGCAGACAUUCUAACACGCGUGUUUAGGACUUUUACGUCCCCGGCUGAUCUAAAGACGGACCUCACAGUCAGCCCUCCACCGACAACCUGCAGCUCCCUGCUGGUCGGAGACCACAGCGUCAGCCGCUCCGUGCUGCUGCUGACGGCCGUGACAGCGGCCUCACAGAUGGGGAUGAAAGUGAUGUUCUUCACCCAAACACAGAUUCAAAGCCUUCCACUGUCUCUGCAGAACUGUGUCCCGAGCCUGAGCCCAGAGACUCUGAAGAAAAUCAAGUUUUCCUAUCCCAGGACACUGGAGGAUCUCCUCCAGCAGAUGGCGAGCCUUCACGAGCCCACCAACACAUCUCCCACACCUCCCUCGCUGAUCAUAGUUGACAGGCUGGAUAGCUUCCUGUGUGGUGUUAGAGGUGGUAGCCACAGUGGAUUUCAUCCAGGAGAGCAGUCCUCCGCUGCCCACCUGUCUGCGUUGCUGUGUGACACUGCUGCCUUUCUCACUCAAGUCCUGGAGCAACGGUCCUCGACCUCUGGGCCCUGCCGAGUCAUCGCCUCUUUCCAGUCAGAAGCAGACACUGGACAAGCUGGCGGGGAGCCUCCUGCCUCUGAUCCCAUCCUUGAUGUCCUUGAUCGCUAUUUCCAAGUACGCUGCACUCUGGACCAAGACACAGGACAUGAACCAGCAUCAGCUGGACUACAGCAAGUGUGGCACAUUUACCUUUCUGGGAGAGGCAUCACAGAGGCCGCUCGUACCAAAGACUGUGAGGACAGGCCAGGUGAAGCCCACGAGUGGCAGCUGUUGAUUUUUCCUAAUGGGUUAAUGGAGUUUAAGCUGGUUUGAAAAUCAAAGACUUAAGCUUUGGGGACUUAACAGAAAACCAACUUCUGGACUCAGACAGUCAGUGUUUUUCAAUUUUCAGCUCUACUUGGCUUGAAAUGUAAGCAGCUGGGUGUUUCCAGUGAUGAUGAGAUGUAUUACAGUCUAACAGGCCUCGGCACUAUUACACUUCAUCUUCUAAGUAGAUAAUAUUCUUCUUUUGUGUAUUUCCAUUCAUUUAAUAGAUCAGUUCUUGCAUUUUCUUUGAC